UGUAGCUUCUCAGAAGAGUGUAUGGACAUAAUGGUGUAUAUAUACCUGACUGUGAUCGCGUGCUUUUGAUCUUGCUGGCCUAGAGCUCACUGUGUAGCCCAGGCUUGCAUUAAACUUGCAGCUUCCUCGCAGAGCAUGGUGGCACACAGCUUUAAUCCAGCACUUGGGAUGCAGAAGCAGGUGUAGCUCAGCAAGACAACUGAUGGAGUCCCCCAGGGCACAUCAAAUACUGGACUGGCCGACCCCCUAGGGUUGGGGUAGCCCUUGCCCCUCAGUAUGGCCAACACCACCGGAGAGCCUGAGGAGGUGAGCGGCGCACUGUCCCUGCCAUCAGCAUCGGCUUACGUGAAGCUGGUGCUGCUGGGACUGAUCAUGUGUGUAAGCCUGGCAGGCAAUGCCAUCUUGUCCCUGCUGGUGCUCAAGGAGCGUGCCUUGCACAAGGCUCCUUACUACUUUCUGCUGGACCUGUGCCUAGCUGAUGGCAUACGCUCUGCCAUCUGCUUCCCCUUUGUACUGGCUUCUGUGCGCCAUGGCUCCUCAUGGACCUUCAGUGCACUCAGUUGUAAGAUUGUGGCCUUCAUGGCUGUGCUCUUUUGCUUCCAUGCGGCCUUCAUGCUGUUCUGCAUCAGCGUCACCCGCUACAUGGCCAUCGCCCACCACCGCUUCUAUGCCAAGCGCAUGACACUCUGGACAUGCGCAGCUGUCAUCUGCAUGGCCUGGACCUUGUCUGUGGCCAUGGCUUUCCCACCUGUCUUUGAUGUGGGCACCUACAAGUUUAUCCGAGAGGAAGACCAGUGCAUCUUUGAGCAUCGCUACUUCAAAGCAAAUGACACACUGGGCUUUAUGCUUAUGUUAGCUGUGCUCAUGGCAGCCACACAUGCUGUCUAUGGCAAGCUGCUACUCUUCGAGUAUCGUCACCGCAAGAUGAAGCCAGUGCAGAUGGUGCCAGCCAUCAGCCAAAACUGGACAUUCCAUGGCCCUGGGGCUACCGGCCAGGCUGCUGCCAACUGGAUCGCUGGCUUUGGCCGUGGGCCCAUGCCACCAACUCUGCUGGGUAUCCGGCAGAAUGGGCAUGCAGCUAGCCGGCGGCUACUGGGCAUGGACGAGGUCAAGGGUGAAAAGCAGUUGGGCCGAAUGUUCUACGCGAUUACACUGCUCUUCCUGCUCCUCUGGUCGCCAUACAUCGUGGCCUGCUACUGGCGAGUGUUUGUGAAAGCCUGCGCUGUGCCCCACCGCUACCUGGCCACUGCUGUUUGGAUGAGCUUCGCCCAGGCUGCCGUCAACCCAAUCGUCUGCUUCCUGCUUAACAAGGACCUCAAGAAGUGCCUGAGGACUCAUGCCCCUUGCUGGGGCACAGGGGGUGCCCCAGCUCCCAGGGAACCCUACUGUGUCAUGUGAAGCAAGCCAGUAGGUGAUAGGCAGGGGGAAAGUUGUGAUCACCAUACUGGGGCCAACAGCAGGGGAAGAGUGGGACCCACACAGAAGCCUUCUUUUUUAAGCUUCAGCCCAGGCUCUCAAACCAUCCAUAACUGAGGCAUUUUGCAAACACCUCCCUAGGGGUGGAAACUGGGUGAGGAAUUGGGAAAGGGGCAUUUCUAGUUUUGUGGGGCUUGUCCCGCAGCCUCCUCCCAUGCCUCCCUGCCUCCUUAUCCUUCUCCCUUCUCCUCUUUCUAAAGUGACGAUUCAGUAAAACAAACAAACUGAAAAUGCAGGGUUUUUCAUAACAACAGCUGAGGAAACAAGCUUUCUUGCUUAAAAGUCACCCCCCCCUUUUGACAUUGUCAAGAAAUGGAAGUUUUCUCCUGUAAAAUAGAUUUCCAGAGAUCUUAUUGCCCCCCGGGUUCCCAUUCACCCUCCCCUUCUGAGUCCCUUAGCAAGACUUGGAUGUUUAGGAAAUACUGACUUAAUGCUUCACACAAGAGGGACCAAAUGGGGUGCUGCCCUCCUGGGGAGCAAGGACGUUUAAAUUGCUACGUUGUGUGCAAUGUUGUUUUUGGCUUAACCUUGAUCCCAAGCCUGGUCUCCUUAUCCCUCCCUAUCGUGUCCAGACUUUGCUGGUGUUUUCUGGAGGCUCUGUUUGAGAAGCCAAGAGCGUACAAAGAAGGGCCUCCAUGAUGUGCCCAGGCUAGAUGAAGAGUCAAAUGGUAGAUGAGCUCCUCAACCAAAAUCCAAAUUUAGCUACACUCUCUCGAGCUUUCUCUUGGAUCCCCACCCUUUCUUCCUAGGACUAUGCAUUCUGCUUGUCCCCACCAGGGAUGAUGUGGAUACAUGCCGGCGGGGAAGUCACCCAUGGAAGUAGAGGGAGAUAGUUGAACUCCCCAGAGUGGCUGUACUCCAGAGCCUGGGGUCAGAGCUAAAUUCAACCCCACAAUUGUUUCUUGGGAUCACACUAUUCUUCUGGAAACAAAACUUCUUUGGGAGCCUUGGUAACCAAUAGUGAUACAAACUUCAAGGUACCCGGGAAUUGGGUCCAAUCCUGCCUGACCUCUUUUUGUCCCUUCUAGGUCUCCCAGGCCUUGAGCCCCUUCCUUAGCUGUCCCUCCAUGCCACAAGCAUCCUUCCCUGUAGCUUUUCCUCCCUCCACCCUUACCCAAAGUGGAGCAAACUAUACCCAAUUCCACAGGUGGAAGGUCCCAAGCCUCUUUUCCACAGACAGGGACCACCCUGGAUUUAGUGACUUCAAGACCAGUUCCGUAGACUGGUGAGCCAAGCUGGAACUCUGCCUAAGUUUGGGGCUGUGAUCUCCUCAUCCCCUUUCUUCCCUUAGAAACUCCUAUCCUAAACUCCAACCCUACCCCCAAGAUAGCCCGUGAACUGAGGAAGCUUUGACCCAAAAGCAAUGAAGGAGGUGCUCUAGACAGAAAAGAUGUUGGUGACCCUGGCUGUGGAGAGGCCCUGGAAAAGCAGGCCAGAGUAGCUGAGAGGCUGGAAAUGUGUUGUGGGUGGGGCUGUACUCUCAGUGAUGAUGACAGGAAUGCCUUUCUGAGGGCAGGGGUGGAAAGAGCAAGGUGGGAGGGCACAUAGGGUAGAUUCAGGAGGCUUUUCCUCCAUUUCCUUUUUCUAACUGCCUGGCUUCAUCAUUGGAUUUUGUAAAUGGAAAAACUGAAAUGAACAAUGUUAUAUUGGA